CCUAAAUGCCGCGGAAACACCAGUAGUUAAUUGUAACGCAUACCCACCCAGUUUCUUGUCCUUCCCAAAAUGUAACUGAAGGCCAUUUGAGCAGUCGCCGGUUGGUUGGCCGUAUCUUAUCGACAUGAAACUGGCAUUUGUAACUGGGUCAAAUAAAGGUAUCGGGUUUAGUAUCAUUGAAAAACUUUUGAAAUUAUACCGCCCUACAGGAGAAUGGGAUGUGUUUCUAACAGGUGACCGUAUAUCAACUAAUAACUUAGCAGCUCGUAAUAUUGGACUUGGUCAGGAAGCUGUGAAAAAGCUCAAUAACAAGGGCCUGGAUGUUAAAUUCCAUCAGCUAGAUAUAACGGAUCGAGAUAGUCGAAAAGCGUUCCUAACAUUUGUAGAGAGAAACUAUCCCAAUGGAAUCAACGUUGCAGUUAAUAAUGCUGGAAUCGCCCACAAAGCUAACUGUUUGGUUCCAUUUGGCAAUCAAGCACGUAGUUUGGUGAACACCAACUUUACUUCAACUGUCGAUUUCACGGAAGAGUUCAUUCCUUUACUAGCUGAAAAUGCCAGAGUCGUUAAUAUCUCUGCUACUCUCUCUCUGUUCAUGUUAAAGAAACUCAGUAGUGAUCUUUACGAAAAAUUUGUCGGCCCUAUGAACCUUUCGGAGUUGAAAAAACUUAUGGUGGAGUUUGUAAGAUCUGCUGAGGAUGGCACUUAUUCUGAGAAAGGUUGGCCUUCAAAUGCCUAUGGAGUAUCCAAAAUGGGUCUUACAAAGGCUUCGUUUAUUUUCGGUGAUAUGCUGAAAGAUGAUCCAAGAGGGGUUGUGGUAAAUUCGUGUUGUCCUGGUUUUGUUGACACUGAUAUGACUGACCAUAAAGGUGUGAAGACAACGGAUGAAGGUGCUGACACACCGUUUUAUUUGGCCACACUACCUUUAGGAUCAAACAAACCUAUCAAUCAGUUCGUAUAUGAAAGAAGAGUGGUUAAAUGGUCCAAAUGAUCUCCACAUAAAUUUUAUUCUGCACAGGUGUAUUAGCAGAAUGUUAUUGCUGAACUUUCUUAUCAACGUACGUUAUAUUACCCACUUGUUUUAUUAGAUUUCAGAUGUGAAUCAUUCUGUUUCUUAGUAUAAUCUGUUUACGAAUAGAAGCGAUGUCCACCUUAUUAUUAUUAUCGUUAUUAUUAUUAAUAUUGUUAUCGUUGUUGCUAUUCUGUGAUGUUUGGCUGUACCAUGUGUUGUUAUUCAGGACAUAGCUUCUUCGGUUUCAUUUAAUUUACUGGAAUGUUUGUUUUGUGCAUGUAUUUCAUUUUGGUCUGUUCAUAUGAUUCUAACGUGUUUUCAAUUAAUGAAUGUUGAAAAUGUUUACUGUGUGCAAACUGUUUAGUGAGACAACUGGUGUUUUACUUUGAGUUGAAGCUGAGAGUGGGUGGUUUAUGUUUGAGUCCGCCUCCAAUGAAAUAUAUGACGAUGGCGAAUUGUUAUGAACAGGUGACUUGUAAUAGUUUAUUCUGAAUUGAAAUAGAUUUCUGCACAAGUUUUAUUUUAUUUGAUGAAAUGUUCACUCACCGUUCUUCAUUAUAUUAUGUCACUAGGUGAUUUCGAGCAGCAUUUAUCAAACGAACUUUCGUUACUCUACAAUGGAGAGUAGUAUGAAUGUUUCAGUUUUUCACGAAGAUUGAUUUUAAGAAUAUUUGUUGAACGGGAUGAGAUUAGUGGGGUUCCUACAUAGUUCGUUGCCUUGGUUUUACUUUCAAGUUUGAUUUGGUUAUGCAGUAACUUAUGUAUCAUAUAUACAUGAAUGUACAUUGUCUGUUACUCAUGCUCAGUAGUAUACUUAGUUAUUACGGUUCAAAACAUCCAACUAAAAUUGAAAACUGAUCUACAGUUGCUUUGUGAUAUUGUUGUUUGUAACCAUAUUGAUGUUUGGAUUUGUAGUAUAAAUCGAGUUUCUUAAUUGAUCGUGUCUGUAAAACAUUAUCUGAGUACCUGUGAAUUUACCAAGUAUCCCAAGUUUUCCAACAUAUUCCAAUGAACCCUUAUCCUAGUGAUUUAGAGUUUUUGGUUGUCAGGCGCUAGGUCAGUUAUCGAGUUUCCGCCCUUGUUAAUGUCUUAUGAAGUGUCUCAUAUGAUAUCCAUUAAUCCCUCGCCAAUCAAAAGUUUUUAACAUAACUCGGAAAGAUUUGAAGGUUGAUAUCUGUUGUAUUUAAUCUUCAACAAUGUUAAGAUUUUUAUAUCAACCUAAAGAAAAGUAUGAUGUUCAUUGUAAGCAUGGUUCACAAAAUAAUCUCUACUCACUGUUUAUGUGUUUGUGAUGAUACGCUGUUGUUAUUACUUAUAUAUGAGUAUGGCUAUGCAUAACUACCCAUUAUUUGUUUACAGUACGACUAGAUGCUAACUGGGAAAAUAAUUGUCGUGUUAUCCACUUGUAGAAGGUAGUGUUCCUCUCCAUAUAAGCAAUAACUUCAGAUAAAACAGUUUCGAAAGUUUAACUUUGCUUGACAUUCGCUCCGUUGUGGCAAUUGUUUAUCCAAGAAUGAUCACACAAAAAUCAAACUACUUUAUCCAGAGAAAGUUUGAUGCUUAUAUGAGUAUGUAAUGGAUUGUCUUAGAGAUAACUCCUAAGGCUUCGUGUAUCAAAAGUCCUGAUUUUCAUUAUUAAAUAAAUCCCGACGGUGUAUCAAUUUUGGAUGACAAUGCGAGGUGUCGACUACAGUUUGUUACUGAACAGCGCAGAUCACUGAGCCACAAGCUCACAGCGAAUCCUAGCAGAUAUACUAAUGUGAGAGAGAAAAUACAGAGGCGAAUUAGGAGUUGAAUAAAUUGGUGAGAUGCAAGUAAAUAUACAUAGAAAAGCAAAUGAUUAAUCGAGUGAUUUAAGCUAGUAAGAGGGAUAUAUGUGUAGGCUGUAACACGUGAUCAAACAUACAUGUUCAUACAGACAUGAUGAUCAUGAUACAAAGAUGUACACAUUGUCACUGUUUGAAUGACUGUUUAACAAGUUGAUUGAAAGGCUUGACAAGUUAGAUCAAAACACACUUAUAUUACGUCGGAACGAUGAAUAAAUAUAUUACAACUGCUAUAAGUAUUCCUAUUGGCUACUGUUAUGCGGCUUACCAUUAUUAAUUUAUUCACAAUCUAUUAGUUACAACCACCUAUACUCAUAACCACUUUUGGCUUGAUCUCGCAUAGUAAUUAUUUUUCAUUUUAUGGUGUUAUGCGGUCUGGUCUAUUUGUGUAUAAACCACGUAUAUCUGAAAUAUACGAUUCAUAUGGCGGAGACUUAUUUGUGUUUGGACUGAACGGGCCGGAGUAGGCGAGUAGCGACUGUGAAGAGGAACAAUAGAGUUCCAGAGUUGAUUUAAGGCUGCUCGUGCUGGCUGACGUGUUAUUGGUUUGGCACAGAGACAAAGUUGUAGAAGUCGGCAUUCUGAUUGGUGGUUUUGUGACGUAUUGUUUGACGGGCCAUAUGGCAUAACAACUUGAGUGUCGGUGAAGUGCUGUAGGUAGACGAAAACUAGUUAAUUUGAGUUUUGAAGUUAAAAUGAUGAUUAAAAAUAUGCCAUACCGAUGACCUUAAGUGAUUGGUCACUCAAUCAGAAAACAGUGCCUAGUUGGAAAGCAACGGAGUUAAAGUGCAAUAGUGAUUUUAAUAUGAUAAGUAAUCUGCCGCGUGUUGAAUUAUUUUUUUAACGCAAACGAAAAGUCUUAAGUUUACUUAUCAGAAGUUGGGUUAGCGUUGUGAGUUAGGGUUGUUUUCGUCGCCAAUCAAUAUAAACUAUGAUGAAAACAGUUAGGGUUAGAUAUCAGGAGUUAAGGAAAAGUUUUGUCAAAAUUACGAAUUAAGUGUGAGAUAAUCACGAAAUGACAUCAGUUUUAUUGCAGUGACACCCUACCGCUUGUUUACAAGCUGGAAAAUCUGGGGGUUGAGAUUUAGAGUGGGAGAAUACAUCCAGUAAUAAUAUCUAAGCCCUUGACUAUGCACUGUAUCACGGGAAAUGGUUUGUUAAGUGAAGGAAUGCAUACUUUCCGAAUGAAACAGUAACUGAAAAGUAAUAAUCAACACAAUCUGAAUUAGUUAAUAUCACCAAGCAGAAAAACUGAAAUCUUUAUUGCUCCAGUAAAAGUAAAUUAGAUAUUUCAAAUAAAUGAGAAUCAUACAAAGUACUAAUUAGUUCAGUUCAUAUUAAUAUGUACUUUGGUUUAUCUAUUUAAGUUAUAGAAUCAAUUAUGAGGUCAUAUUCUCACACAACAGUCACUAUUAACUAAAUCGUGAAUGAUUGAAAUCGAGUGAUAAAACUACAAAUCAAUAUUACCUCUGAACAAGCGAGUUAUUUAUUUCUAUCCUCCUAGUUAGAAUUGUCAAUUCGCAGUAGUAUGUUCUUCAUUGAUUUGCAAGAUCUCCUCUGUUAGAUCCGCAUGAGAGACAUUGAUCGUAAGACAUCAGAAAGAAUAACAAAAUUCUGGAAUUUUCUCAGAAUCAAAGUAUGAAAUAAACAUACUGGUACAGUGUGACGUUUACUGGCAAUGGUAAAACUUCUGUAACUAUUUUGCAGUUUAUUAUCAUUUGUGUUUUGUUUGUUUAGUUAGUAGAUAUUUGUAUCACUGUAUUUUUAUGUUCUCCCCAUUGUAAAUCUCAAGUUAACCCACUAGCAAUUGUUAUCUUUUUUCUAUCUCUUAAUUAUUAAUAAUCUAUCAUAU